AUGUCCAAUCUCUUCUCCGGCAUGGCCAGCCGCCUCCGAUCGGCCGAUUCCAUUCCACAUAUCUGCCGCCCAAUCACGUUAGUCUUUGGAUGGGUUAAGAGGUUCAACAUGAUACUGAUGGGCAACGCAUACGCAUGGCCUGGCAGCAUCAGGUUGGCGAGGUUCACCAGGGGUAUCACGCUCAGCUUGGGACAUUGUCGCAUCACGCCAUGUCAUGUCGAGACCGACUUGCCUGCCCGUCGCACAUCAGUUCUGGCAUGGGCACUCGCCGUCGAGGCAUCGAGCAACGCUCGGUUCCGAGGUGCUUCAACGAAGCCGUCGGGCCAAAAGAGCCCAUCUCCGUCGACAGGCGGCCAGCCUUUGCCAGCUGAGUUUGCUUCUCAGGGAAGCCAGUUAUCCACACAUCUUGCUCCCAAGGUUCCGCCUUUGCCGAAUUCGCCGUCACUAGCCCAAACGAUCGGGAUGGACGGAUCUGGUGGGGGAAUGUCCAACGUCGAAGAUAUCAUCAGUAACUACCACCUUCCCCGGCCGCUACCUCUGUGGCUCAACGCUCAGUAUGUCAAACAUAUUGUCAAAGGCAACUUUAUGACCUUGAGUGCACGACCAAAGACUGUGGAACCAGGAGAGUGGAUUGCCCACCAAGUUGUCGAGCAUUAUCGAAACCUAUGGAAUUUUGUGCGCGUGGUUCAUGAGAAAGAGGAUGGUGGCACAAGCAUUUGCAACCCUACAACCUGCCCUCGCAUGUCUGCUGGAGCAAAUCAUUCCUUCACAUGGCUCAACAACAGACGAGAGCCAGUAGAACUUCCUGCUUACGAGUACAUGACGUUGAUGCAGCGAUGGAUUUCGGGGAAAAUCGACGACACCGCCAUCUUUCCAACAGACCCUUCCGGUGUAUCGUACGCCCACAACCCCAGCAUUACAACAACUCCGUUGUCGCAACUUUCCAACCCCGGAGAGCCUGAAUACAUUGGCAAACGUUCGGGCUUCCCGGAGAAAUUUGUCGAGGUCUGCCAAAUGAUCUUCCGUCAAAUGUUUCGUGUCUACGCACACCUUUACUGGGCACAUUUCACUGAGCCUUUCUACCAUCUCAACCUUGAGAAACAACUCAACAGCUGUUUUUCUCACUUUAUUUUAACGGCUACAGUGCUGGAUAUGCUUAAGCCGCAGGAAUUGGAACCAAUGCAAGCUCUGAUUGACCUCUGGGCGGCAAAUGGGACUUUCCCCCCCGAGUCCAAGGCUUACGAGUAUGCUAAUUUGCGUGUUGGCGAACGACUUCUUCAUCUUUCAGGUACUCAGUAG